UUGCCUUUCAUAGAUACAGAAAAAUAUCAAAAAUUUUUAAAGAAUACUAAACUAUUGAUAUUAAUUAGCUCACCAAAAAGUUAGUUUGAUUAGAUUGUAAGUUAACGAAAAAAAAAACAGAUUCAUCGUUAUCCCAUGGGUGACUAAAUAUAUAUGCUUGACUCAAACAUAGUCUUAGUAUAAUGUAUUUACGUGAGUUAAGCAAUUACACUGUUUAUAGAACCUUAUGAAUAACUACUGAUGAAUCUACAUAAUUAUAAAAAAGUAACAACCAUUUGUUUUUCGAUGCAUUUAAACAGUAAUUAUGUCCUUGUCUACCUACUACGAUUAAUAAAUAAUAGUAAACUAUAAAAAAAAUAAGAAUUUUCAUCCACUCAGAGCCAAAAACUGUUUUAAAAGUUGUGUAGGCAAUUUGACAUUGACAGAUAGUGACAAGCAUUAGUAAAUAUUUCGUUUAUAUAUAGGAAAUUACAUUAAUAGAAUUUGAAUCCCAAUAAUAUUAAGAUUUUUAUAGUUUUAUUUUCAACAAAUUUUAGAUAUAAAACAAGAUUUCUAAUUAUUAAAAUACCAUACCAAUCGAUGAAAAGAAAAUAAUUCUUAGAUUUAUAUUUUUGUAUAAAGUAGCCACAUACAUUGUAACAGUGUUCUUAGAAACAAUGGUAAAUGAAGAAUUAUUACAAGAGUAUUCAUAUUCAAUUCAGAGACUCAAAAGACAAUGCACAGAAAAAGGCAUGUCAGAAGAAGAAUUCAAAAAAUUAUACUACCAUAGUCUUGCUUUCAUUGAAAUGCAAAAUCAAUCUGUAGUAACUAGUCGCCAACGUGUAGGUAAAAGGUAUAAACUUUUAUUGGCAGCUGUAAUCGUCAUCUGUAUCGUGUACAAUUUCAAAUUCAUAUAUAGUUGUGUAGUAUGUAAUUUACAAGACUACAUAUAUCCUGGAUUAAGAUUGUUGCGGCGAAUAUCCAUUCCCUUUAUAUCACUCUUUCCAUCUAUAACAGAUUUUUACCAUGAAACUUGUUUGAUACAAAACCCCUUUUUUACGGUUGUAGACAUGGACUGUUGGCCAUGCAGUACUAUACAUAAUAUUGGAGAGGUUCACAAUCCAAAACCAGUGAACCAACAAUUAACGGCACCAUUUAUAUAUGAGAGUGAGCAACAAGUAAUAAAAAUGAAAAAAUUAAAAGAUUUAUAUGAAAAAAAUAGAGAUAUCUUUGAUAAAGAAUCCUCAAAAGUAUUGGCAAAUAAUAAACAUUAUAUUAGUCCAAUGGUGAUGUUUUCAGAACAACAAGAAGAAACUAAAAAUUUAUACACAUGGAAGUUUAACACCAUGAAUACAGCAAGGUUGUUAAGACAACUCAUUCCUAGGCCAAAAGUUGUACCAAAGUUUGGACAAAGUACUGAAAGAUUUAUUAUAAUUGAUUCAAAACAAGAUACAUUUCGAAUUCCUGACACAGAGUGUAACUUUUCUUUUUUGUUAAUUUUGAGUGGAAAUAGACAAGUGCAUUUAGUUCCUGCUGAAGAAUGUAAACAUCAGUGCAAGUCCUUGAAAGUAGAUUUGAAGGAAACUUAUUUAUUAUGGUAUAAUUGGUGGUACUGGAGACCUGUGGUACAACCUGCAUAUGGAAAUGAAACACUCAUUGCACAUGUUGGAUCUUACUGUUGACAUCAACAAUAUAAUACUAAUAAUUGGAAUGUACAAAACACCAAUUUAUUAACAUAUUAUAUUAAUAUGAAAUGCCAUAAAUAAAUUUGCUAAAAAUGAACUAAAUCUGUUGCUUCAAUCAAAUUUUUUUCUUAACUUCUCCUUCAUCAAUACUGGCACCAGUGAGAUUAAAGCAAAAAUACUGAGAACUGUGACAGAUGUCCACGACCAUGCAUCCCUUGUUGAUGUCAGUGUAUGUAAAGUUUGACCAGCCUGUAUCGCUACAAAGGAUGGUGGAGCUACACCUAAAAUAAUGACAUAGCAUAAGAAACUCAAUAUUAUACAUUAAUUUCUAAUCAAGUAUUUAACUCAUAUUUAUUAAAUAUAAUUAUCAAUAUUCUUAAUAAGCACAAACUCUAGUUUUAAAAAUAAAAUUCUUACAGAUCAUGAUAGUCACCUAUAAAUGUUCCUAAUGCGAAUGGCACUAAAGGCACACCAAUUACAGGAGCUGUCAUGUUAAUAAACCAAUUUGGUAAAAAUGGUGUAACCCUUAAAAAUAUUAUAUAGUUGAGUAAAUUGUUUUUGUGCUUUUCUACAACCAUAGACCACUGGGCAGCUUUCUCUGGGAAAAAUUUCUUGACAAGCUUCUUCCCCAGGAGAUUUGACAAAAAGAAACAUAAACUGGCUCCAAUAGCUGAACAACAACAUACUAAAAGUAAAGCUAAAUAAAAUGGAAAUAAAAACCCUGAAAGUAUACUUAAAAAAAUUGACCCAGGUAUUGCAAAUGUUUGCAAA